AUAGAGGGAAGAGGUCUCGCAUUGCUAGCGGUUUCUUUUGAAGAUUGUCUCCUCCCCAUCACCCCCUCCCUCCCCCACCCGCGCCCUGCUUCUCUCGCUCUUUUAAGUCCUUCAUCCUCCUCGUUCCUCCUUCUGGAUGAUCACAGCGUGUUUACAUGGCGCUCGGACAGCUCUGUUGGCACUGCGUCUUGACUUGGAUUCUAACCGUGAUAUUUUCGGAAGACAAAGUGAAUUCUUUGGAUUUGAGCUGCAGUAUUGGCCCUUUGCAGGUAAUACUGCAACCUAAUCAAGCAGUCGUGUUAGAUUGCAACCUUCCUGCUGUAGAUCAGCCUGCCAACAUAACAUGGAAAAAAGAGGGAAUUCCUGUUGUGGAUGAAGAACAGCACCAUGUGGUUCCCAAUGGAUCACUCUACAUUUCAUAUGUACCAUGGGACUCUAAGAAUCAAGAUGGAAACAGCAGUGAAGGGAGUUAUACCUGCAUGUCCCAGAAUUCAUUUGGGGCCAUAACUAGUCGGACUGCAGUGAUCAGAUUCUCCACUUUGUCACAAUUUCAUCGGCAGCCAGAAUCACAGAUGGUGGAGGAAAAUGGAAUUGCUCGUUUUGAAUGUGGAAUUUAUGGACUCCCAUUGCCACUUAUCACAUGGGAGAAAAACCAAUCAACUAUUCCAAAUCACGAAAGAUUUACAGUCCUCCCAAAUGGAAUUCUGCAAAUUGUAGAUGUGCAAGAGGGUGAUGCUGGAGCAUAUCGCUGUUUAGCUAAAAGUGGAAAGUGGACACGCUACAGUCAGCAUGCUACUCUCACUGUAUUACAAGGAUUUAAAUCUGUCCCUACAGAUGUAGUCAUCAUUGCCCACCCAAAGAAUGUAACUGUUAUUGCUGGUCAAACUGCCAUUAUGGAGUGCUUAGCAUAUGCUGAUCCAACACCAUUUGUUUCCUGGAUUCGUGAGGAUGGUAAACCUGUUGCUACAGAUGUCAUCAUAGUUGGAAGGGCAAACCUUAUGAUUGCACAUGCACAGCAAUAUCAUUCUGGCGUAUAUGUCUGCCGUGCAAAUAAACCCCGGACGCGACAAUUUGUCACUGCUGCUGCCAAGUUACGAGUGCUGGCCCCACCAAUGAUUACACAAUUUCCUGAGACAAUCUCUCGCAUUCGAGCAAGCACUGCUAGAUUUGCCUGUAAAUCUGAUGGUGAACCCACUCCUAGAAUUCGCUGGCUGAAAAACGGAGAGGACAUAAUGCCUAAUGGACGCGUGAAGAUCCAGAACAGUGGCAGUUUAGUGAUUAAUCAAAUUGGGCUGGAGGAUGCUGCUUACUACCAGUGUAUUGCAGAGAAUAGUCUUGGAAUGGCAUGCACUACAGCCAAACUUGCUGUGACAAUUCGAGAGGGUUUGCCGAGUGCUCCCAAAAGCGUGUCUGCUACACCUUUAUCAAGUACUUCGAUCUUGGUGUCCUGGGAGCGCCCAGAACACAACAGUGAACAGAUUAUUGGAUUUUCCCUUCACUAUCAAAAGGCAGUAGGUACAAACAAUGUUGAAUACCAGUUUGCAGUGAAUAAUGACACUACAGACCUUCAAGUAAAAGACUUGCAACCAAACACUAAUUAUACCUUUUAUGUUGUUGCUUACUCCCAACUUGGUGCCAGUCGGACCUCUCGUUCUGUGAUUGUGCAAACUAUGGAAGAUGUCCCAAGUACUGCUCCUCAGUUGUCCUUAUCGAUUCCCACCUUGUCUAAUAUACGGGCAUCCUGGCUUCCUCUUUCUCCAGAGCUCAGCAAUGGUAAAAUAACAAAAUAUCGCGUUGAUUACUGCACGUUGAAAGAAGAUCAAAUUUAUUCAAUCGAAGUUGAUGGAAAUGAGACACAAGUUAUGCUUCCUAUUGUACAAUCAAAGAAAAUGUACAAAGUUCGGAUUGCAGCAAGCACCACUAUAGGAUAUGGUGCACCAUCAGAAUGGACCCGGCACCUAAUCCCUGAACGAAAUAAGCUAAUAAUGGUUCCCUUUGCUCCAACAGAAAUGAAGGUGAAGGCAAAAGUAGACUCUCUGCUGGUCACAUGGCAGCCACCAUCUAAUCAAGUCCAGAUCCAGGGUUACAAGCUUUAUUACAGAAAAACAGAUGUAGAAGAUUUGAGCAAAGAAUUAAAUGAAACAAAUAGAGAUGAACACUGGACAAAAGGACCAAUACGACUUAGAAGAAAAGUGAAGCAAUAUGAAAUUACUGGAUUAGUUUCAGACCGACUUUACGAAAUUAAGUUGAUUGCAUUCAACAAACAAGAUGAUGGAUAUGCAGCAAUAUGGAAAGGAAAAACUGAAAAAGCACCUGCUGUGACCUUGGAUCUCCCAGUAGUGCUACCACCUCCAACCCAGCUCCGUGCAGAAUCCAACAGUUCCAGGGCAAUUUGGUUACACUGGACCCGACCACCAUUCACUACAGUCCAAAUUGCAAAUUAUACUGUGCGUUGCAGUCCAUCAGGGCUCAAGAAUGCUUCUCUUGUGACGUAUUUCACAAGCUCUGAAGAAGAGAUUUUUAUCACUAGCCUGAAGCCAUUUACCAGAUACGAAUUUGCAGUUCAGUCCAAUGGAAUUGGUGUUGAUGGACCUUUCAGUGGCAUUAUUGAGGGGCUGACCUUGUCUGACAAACCAUCAACUCCUCCAUCAGACAUGAAGUUGAAUCCACUUAAUGCCUAUUCUGUCAGAGUUCGAUGGCUGCCUCCAACUGAACCAAAUGGCAUUAUAGUUGAAUACAUUAUUUUGUAUAAUGCAAACUACACACAACCUGAUGACUUGUGGAAUUCACUAUCCAAGGAAGGACACAUAUUCAGUACCGAUGUGCAGGGACUAGAGAGUGACACUCGCUACUUCUUCAAGAUGGGUGCAAAGACAGUUGUCGGAACAGGACCAUACUCCACAGCAAAAGAUGUGCAAACUCUGUCUAAAGGAAUAUUAGGGCUGCAUGAUCUUCUUGAUGUACAUUCAGUGACAGGCAUCAUUGUGGGUGUGUGUCUCGGACUCCUUUGCAUUCUCCUCUGCAUCUGUGCCAGUUUCUGCAACAGCAAGCGGAGAGAAGAUUCCUCAGGCCCUGAUACCCACCUGACCACCAAACAUGGUCACUAUCGCAGGGCAAGAAAAACUUCUUCAACUCACAGUAUUUCCCAUCCCCACGCACACGAACUGGAAACACUAAUGUCUACUGCAGCUGAAGAUCUGUCCCUGCCUGUCAAGACAACCGAACUCACUAAGGUUCAAGUAUUUAUGGAUACCCCUCUUCCAGAUGAUGACAUUCAAAUAAAUUUAAAGGGUGCAGAAAGGAACAAACACCUGCCUUCAGGUUUGAAUCGUGUUGAAGCUGAAGUCAUAGUUCAUUCUGAACUAUCAGCAUCAGAAAGAAACUCCACUUGUGAGGACGGAGAUUGGCAAAGUAAGGAAGAUCUGCGGCUUAAGUCCAUCUCGGCUUCAUCUACAGAAAAUCUUCACAGUGAGUAUAUUCCUAUGUUAUCAACUGAUGACUGGAAGACAAAGGAAAGCAUUGAGAGUGACUGCACUGCUGUUGUAGCAGCUCAAGACUGGAGUGAAGAUCUUCAAAACAAAUGUACUCUUGUUUUGCCCGAGAAGGAUAGUCAGUCUUUUGAUAUUUGCAAGGCUUCUUUGUCUCCUGUUGCAACUGAAGGGAUGAAUUGCGUUGAUGCAGAAAAGCACAGGGACAUCACUGAUCCUCAGGACAACUCAUCAUUUCAUUCUAAGACUAAAAAUGGCACGAUGAAGACCGUUGAAUCCCCUGGGCUCACUAAUGGUUUUGAGAGCAUUAAGGGUUGGAAAGGAUCGGUUAAUGGUUUCACUUUGAAAAACAGAAACUCAGAAUCCUCAUGCCUGAAAAAUGCAGAAACUCGACUUUCUAGAUGCCAGACUGUGAUCACAGAUGGGGAUGAUGCUGCUCAUCACUUCAUUGCCUCUACUAUCACUACUACCUCAGUAUCUGAGAAAGACUUGUGUCAUUAA